AGAGAUGCAUCAUUCAGUCUUCAUCUGUGUGUCAAGGGACACACAGGUGGCCCUGCCUGGACAGAAGGAUACUGACAGGAGCAGGAAAAAUGACCAUCUUUGGUGUGUCAGGCAGACAGCAAAUAGUUUGCUAUUCUAAUCAUCAGAGCAGCGAGUUUCCUUGGAGCAUGUAAGUCAUGAAUUACCACGCAGCUCUGAGAGGAAACUUUGCCCUUUGAUUGUUUUCCAAAGAAAUGUUCUCAAUUUCUUUACUGCCAAAUUCAUAUUACAGAUCAUGCUAACAAAUUUUCCCAAGCCUUCUUGACCUUCUCCCUCCUUUCCAGUAGUAAAAGAAAUUUCACUCAUGGCAGGGAGAUGUUGAAGAUUGCUAAAUUUUGCUGAUUUAGGAACAGAGUGAAUGAAACAAGCUUAAAAAUAUGUAGAUAGCACAUUUCAGAAUGCAGUUAGCUGCGCUGGUAAGGAAAAUGAAACUUGUGAUAAUUCUGCUGUUUGACAGUGUGUUAGAAAAUUGCCUGCUAAUGGGUAGGUGGGGAGGCUGCACAUGCUCCUUUAUGAUGAUGGCACAAAUGUGUGUAUGACUCUGGGGGGCCCUGCUUUGGGAGGAUAUUGACUUAGAUUUAUUUUUCUCCUUAUUUUUCCAGUAAAUCUGUGCUUGUUCUCGCCGAAGUAAGACAAGAUAACAGCAAUGCUCUGCUUCAAACGAGGUGUUUUACAUUGACUGGAGCUUGGGGAGCUCAGUGUUUAGUAGCAUCACUUCCUCUGUUACGGAUUCAUUUGUAAACAGCAGAGUGAGCCCUGAGAGGCCUCCAGCCUGAGUUAGGAUUUUGGGGUGUUUUCUGAAUGACCAAGGGCAGAGAAGACACCCCUUUGCAGUGCUUCCCUGCUGUUGGCAGUUUCAGUAUGCAACUUUCAGUGGCAGUUUUGCCACUAACCCCAGUUUUUCAUUAGAGCUUUCUUACCUGGCAUAUGUCUGGAUAAAAGAGGGAUGCAGAUUUUUGUGUUGGUUUUGCUCUGAGACCAUUCCAGGCUUUUUUUUGAAAUGUCACAUUUCAACUUAACAAAUCGCUGGAUCAUGCAGUUCCGCUGCCCCAGAAACCAUUUUCAGUGACAUACUACAAAAGCAGGACUGAUACAGAUCUCCUGACUGCAUUUCAAAGACAUACCUUUGGAUGACAGGGUUGCAGAUGAGAAUUUAAGUCUGUAGAACUCAGUGGAAAUAUGUUCAUUUGCUACCAAAGCCUCUCACUUUAAUUUUUUUAUCUUCUAUUCUAAUUUUCUGUAAGUAAUAUAGAUAGGGGGCUGAUCUUCUACUGAAGUAGGGGGAUCAAUUAUUCAAGUGAAUUUUGUUACUAUCAAUGCCAAUAUUUCUGUGAAAUUAUUAUUAUGUAGGGCUACAUGAAGGUAUGUCUUUGUAAUAUAUGUCAGCUUUUAAUACUGUCUCACAAAUAUAAAUUAUGAGGAUGAUCUUUAAGCCCGUGAUCUCAGUUUUACUAACUCCCUACUCAGACAAAAUGCUUCUUGAUCUCACUAGGCAUAUAUACCAUGGUGUGGCUCAGGUGUGCUGGGGCUGGGGCAGCAGCCAGUGCUGAGCUGGGGGAGCUGGGCAAGAGCCAGGACAGCCAGGAAGAACCCCACUACUCCCACAUGCUGAAAGGUGGCUGCCACACCACAGGGGAGCCUCACUUCUUUCUGCUGGGGGUCUUCUCUGAGUGAAACCAGAGAAUCCAUCAGCUCAAAGCAAGAACCGGGAUCUGUUUGCACAUCCCUGCAUUGCGUUCUGAGCAGGUUAAACACGUGUGUGUGUGUGAUGGUAUUGAGAAACAGAGUGAUUUAGAUGGUUGCGCAUUAUUCCUCAGCUCUGUGUCAACAAUCAAAAAUGAGCUUUUGGAUUUAUUAGUUCCCAAUCCUGCACCUAUCUUAAAUCAUUACCAUAUAAUAAGGACUCUAUAUGGUGCAUUGUCAAUAAAACCUAAUAUUGAGAAGAUUACCAAUCGUCUAGUGCAAAUGGAGAGCACUGUAAAUGAUUUAGAGAAUACGUGUCAAACGUUAAAGCUGUCUAAUACCUUCUAAAGUAGGUUGAUACUCAUAAAUCUAAGAUAAACGACCUGUAAAACCACUUAAGAAGAAAUAAUACUCAUUUAAUCAGGCUUCCAGUGGAAAGACUGGGUAGGAGAGCAAUUCAUAAGGAAUUAUGAAAUCUCUUCUAAUUCAGGACUUUGUUGAUACAGAAGGCAUUUGAAACAUACAUUUGAUAAGCAAUUUUUGUUACUUGAAACUGCUGUUGUAAUAGCACUAAAUUAUGGCCCCACUGAAAAAAGAAAAUAUCAAAGGGCAUUUAUUUUAUGGUUUAUUGAGCUCUUAUUUUUCCAGAUUCAGCACUGAGUGUAUCAGAUGGAGAUAUAAAAAGUAUUCAUUGGAACUACUGUUUUGCUUAAUUACAGGGACGUGGUGUUGGAUUGGCUUCUGUCGGUGUGGCUGUCUGUACUCACUGAUAACAGUAGAUUGAUUAUUGCAUUUCCCUAGGAGGAGCAAGUCGUCAUUUACUGGGACAAGUGUGGUAACAAAUAUAGUGAAACAAUCCAUGUUUUCACAGAGCAUGGGUUUGAGCUUGGUCUGUUGAGUUCAGUGGUUUUUUCCCCCUUUUUUUUUUCCCCCAGAUCCACUUGAAGGGUGGCUAAGUGUGUGUGUGGUGGAAAAAUUAGGUCAUGAUUUUCACUACCAAAGGUCUGAUCCUUCAGUUCUUGCACAGACAAAACUUCCAUUCCCUUCAAUAUAUUUUUAAGGCCACUUGUUAAUUCCUGUUCAUUCUUUUGGCUCUGUGAGUGCCCAGAGCUCAGCGUCACUGCCAGCAUUUAUUAGAAGUUGACGCAGAGCUUUUCUUGAAGCAACUGUAGUGGUAUAUUUAGCCAUGGAGCAAUCUUUCCAAAGAGCACUGUGCUGUGACUCAUGUGACUCUGCUGCUCUGCUGACCCUAGCAGACUUACUCAUCGUUUACAUAGUGGCAAACAAGAUCAGCUUCUGGCUUGAUGCCUUAUUUCCCUUGAUGCAAUAAAUGUGCUGCUUGCACAUGCAAUUUUACUUCAGUUCACGUUUUUAAAGAUAAACUGGGAAUCCAGCUUUUUUUGUCUUACUGUGAAAAAUAAGGGUGCUUAACUGCUUCUCUGAGUGGAAUUGGGGAAUGACGUGCAAAUGCAGCUCAACCCUCCGUAACUUGUUUGUGCUGCAAAAAUAACCACGGGAUGGCAUGGAUAUGGUUAAAAUGCAUUCUCCAUCACCACCUUUCCUUGCUCUCACAGAGGGCAAAACACAGAUGCAAGCACACCUAUGCAACAGCUGUAGUCUCACCCAGUCAUAGCAGUGGUGUUUGGAUUGGCUGGGUUUGUAAUGAGCAGAGGGGGCAACCUUGGCAGCACAUUCCCACUGGUGAAUUUUUGAGAUACUGAAGUCUAUCUGAAAAAAAAACUUGUUGAUUUACUUUCUACUUUCUUCUCAGCUGGCAUAAAGAGUCAUUUUACUAAAAUACCAGUUAAACUGAGCAUACAUUAAAGAUCAUUUCAGAAAUCUGUCAGCCUCAAGAAUAUUGCUUUUCCAUUUCCUGAGAAUACCUUGGAGUAACUGGCUUUGCUACUCUGAAGCAGAGCAGCUGUUGCAUGUAUGUGUUGUAUUUGCAUUGUGUGGGGCAGGGUAUUUGUUAUUAGUUUAAAAAGAAGAAAAAUCAGAGGCAACAGCUGGACUGACUUUCACCUGGUGGUUACAGGAUCUGUUGCAUUUUGCUGUUGACAGAGAGCAGAGGAAAAUUCACACAUGAUUGAGAGCUGGGAGAAGCCUCUGAGAGCUGGGAGCUGAAGCCUUCCAUCAUGUAAAAUGGCUUAUGAAGGGUGAAAUUGCUUGGAGCUGAUCAAUUUUUAUUUAGGAGGAAAGCAAUCAUGUGGCCAAAUACAGGAUGGCUGGUGGGAGUGAAGAUGAGUGAAAUGGAAAUUCCCAGAGCUGCAGAGAAAGCAGAACUCAAACAGGUCCAGCUCUGCCAGCUUGCCGUGGCUGCUGGCUGCCCUGCACAAGGUGGGAUGAGGGGACUCACUUGCCCUUCCUGGAGGGUUCAGUGGCAGCACAGGGACAUCGGCCACCUCUGUUCCUAUCGCCAGGGCCACCUCGGCAACGUGGAGAAGGAACCUGCUGCAUCAUGAGGAGAUGAAGUUAUUGCUGUUUCAGAAAAAGUUACUGUGAAGCUUGAGGACUUGGCAAAAUGGGCACAGUCCGAUUUCUCCAAGUGGAAGUGUGGUUUCCGGGCUGAGCCGGUCCAGCCCAUGGAUGUGGGGAAGAAUGGGCAGAAAGAGGCCUUGACAAGAUACAGACAAUCCACACUAAACAGUGGCUUGAACUUCAAAGAUAUUCUGAAGGAGAAGGCUGACCUUGGUGAGGAUGAUGAAGAUUCAAACCUUCUAAUUCUCAGCUACCCGCAGUACUGUCGCUACCGUUCCAUGUUAAAGCGCAUUCAGGACAAGCCCUCGUCAAUACUAACAGACCAGUUCGUUUUAGCCCUUGGAGGCAUUGCAGUAACAAGCAAGAACCCCCAAAUCUUCUAUUGUCGGGAUACAUUUGAUCACCCUACCCUAAUAGAAAAUGAAAGUAUAUGCGAUGAGUUUGCGCCAAAUCUUAAAGGCAGACCGCGCAAAAAGAAGCCAUGCCCACAGAGAAGAGAUUCAUUAAAUGGCAUUAAGGAUUCCAACAAUAAUUCUGAAAGCAAAGCUGUUGCCAAGGUAAAAUGUGAGGCUAAGUCAGCUUUGCCCAAACCCAAGAGUAACAACAGCAACUGUAAGAAAGGCUCAAGUGAGGAUAAAUCAAAGAUUGCCAUAGGUGAAGAAUGCAGAGCUGAUGAGCAGGCUUUCCUUGUGGCUCUUUAUAAAUAUAUGAAAGAAAGGAAAACACCAAUUGAACGAAUACCCUAUUUAGGUUUUAAGCAGAUUAACCUUUGGACUAUGUUUCAAGCUGCUCAAAAACUGGGAGGAUAUGAAACAAUAACAGCCCGUCGACAAUGGAAACAUAUUUAUGAUGAAUUAGGUGGUAACCCUGGAAGCACAAGUGCUGCUACAUGUACUCGCAGACAUUAUGAAAGAUUAAUCCUGCCAUAUGAAAGAUUUAUUAAAGGAGAGGAAGAUAAGCCACUGCCUCCAGUGAAACCUCGAAAACAGGAUAACAGUUCCCAGGAGAGUGAAGCAAAAACAAAAGUGUCUGCUACAAAACGCAUCAAAAAUGAAAACCAAAAGAGCAAGAAGGAAAAAGAUAAUUCACAGAAACCCCAAGAUGCAUCUGAGGUUUCAUCAGAGCAAGAGAAGGAUCAAGAAUCAGCAGACCAGAAGAACUUCCCUGAACAUCCUGCAGUGGGAGAGAUGAAACAACCUGUGCAAGGCCCUCCACCUCUUUUACCAGAGACAGCUCGGACACUGCCCCUGGAGAAGACAGACAUGACAGAAAACAGCACCAACAGUGAGAAAGCCAAGGAGGAGGUUCAGCACUCGUCCUCUUUCUCGAGUGCUUCUGUGCCUGCAGAAGAAGACACUGUGCUGGAUGCCACUGUCACAAAACGAUUACACCCUUCAGCAGAUGCCCUGGAAGACACAAAGCCUGAACAAAGACUACACAAAGCUUUUACUGACAGCCUGGAAAGUGAACCUCCAGAAAUGCCCUUCACAGCUUUCCCAGUCCAUCUGCCCACUCAGAGCGACAUGGAAGAUGAGAAACUGCCAGGGAUGGCCGAUUACAUCGCAAACUGCACGGUGAAAGUGGACCAGCUGGGAAACGAAGAUAUCCACAAUGCACUCAAGCAAACACCCAAAGUCCUGGUGGUGCAGAACUUCGACAUGUUUAAGGAAAAGGAGCUGCCUGGGUCCAUGAAUGAUGACUCCACUUUCAGUUACACACCACUGCUGUACUCAAAAGGUAAUCCAGGCAUCAUGUCACCCCUGGCAAAGAAGAAGCUGCUGUCACAGGUCAGCGGGGCCACGCUCUCGUGUAACUAUCCUUAUGGUUCUCCUCCACCUUUGAUCAGCAAAAAGAAGCUCAGCAGCAGAGAUGAACUGUCCUCAGGCAUAUCGCAAGGUCCCCACGCCCCUAAUUCUGAUCCUGUAGCAAUUAAUAGGCCCUCAGUCAUACAACAUGUACAGAGUUUUAAAACCAAGGAAGAAAGGAAGUCAAUUAAUAAUGUUUUUAAGCAUGACAUGCUAAGUAAACCAGAUCCUCAGCGCUGUGAUUUUUCAAAACAUCACCUCAGUUCUCUUGCCGAGUCAUACCUACCGAAGUUGGAUAUCCAGGACUGCAAAGAUAAAAUGAGUGAGAAAAGGGCACUGCAGCACUCCCAUGUGCCCACUUUCUUGGCAGAUUUCUAUUCAUCACCUCAUCUGCACAGCCUUUAUAGGCACACAGAACACCACCUUAAUAAUGAACAGACAUCAAAGUACCUCCCCCGGGACAUGUUCAGAGAGUCUGAAAAUAUUUCUACUUUUACUCAACACAAACACCAAGAAAAACUAAAUUUAAAUUACCGGCCCUCUUUGCAUCAGCAAGAAAAAAAGGCAACAGUGGAGGCUUCUUCAGAUGAUCAGCCAACAGAUUUGAGUCUUCCAAAGAGCAUACACAAACAGACUGCAAAGGUGCCAGGCUCCAGUCUCCCUCACUCAUCCACAGCCCAGCAAGAAUGCAAAGGGAUCUCCCCGUUCCAGGCUGGAGGCAGCCAGGCGGUGAGCCUAGACUGUAACCCCAAAGCUUGUCGUGUGUCCCCUAUGGCAUUGACAGCCCCCAAAAAACACAGCGAGUUGCUCCACAGGUCUGGGAAGCAGCAGGCCCAGAGGCUGGAGAACCUGAGGAAGAUGGAGGGGAUGGUGCAUCCUAUCAUCAGCCGCAGAACGAGCCCUCAAAAUGUGGGGGCUGCCCGGCCUCUGAAACGGAGCCUGGAGGAUUUGGACAAAGUUAUUUCUGAAAAAAAAAUCCGAGCUGUCUCUCCUAUUCACUUGCCAAAGGAGACCCCGGCGAAAGACAAGGUUCCCGACCAAGAGGGGGAAGGCAGCAAGUCAGUGCAUGGCCUCCAUUCUGGCAGCAUGCUGGAAAGCCACAAAUUUCCCCUGUCAGCCCCCAUCUUCCCAGGCUUGUAUCCGGGAAGCCUGUGCACGGGGCUGAACAAUCGCCUCCCACCUGGGUAUUCUCAUCCCCUGCAGUACUUGAAAAAUCAAACCGUGCUAUCUCCACUAAUGCAGCCUUUGGCUCUUCACUCCUUCAUGGUGCAGAGACAAUUCCUCACGUCCCCUGCAAACUCCCAGCAACUGUACAGACACUUAGCUGCAGCAACACCUGUAGGAAGUUCCUAUGGUGACCUUUUGCAUAACAGCAUUUAUCCUUUAGCUGCUAUAAAUCCUCAAGCUGCAUUCCCACCUUCCCAGCUAUCCUCUGUACAUCCCAGCACAAAACUGUAAACCCCCUCACUCACAAAGAAAGGUCUGAGGAGAAAGUUCAGUUAGCAACAUUCCUCCCCUGUGACAAUGUCUUGCAGCAGAUUUAGCAAUCUGUAUUUUUGUCAACCAGGAUGCAGUUGUAGCCCACCUAGAGGAGCGUCUUGGAGUUUGAUGGAGACAGGACUGCUUCUUUAAUUCUGGUCUGGCUCCCACAUUAGCCCCCUCACCCCUUAUCCCUGCCCCUGCAAAAAAGAAAACCAAACCAAAAAAAAAAAAAAGCCAACAAAACAAAAGAAAAAAAAACACACACAAAAAAAAGAGAGAGAAACAAAAACACAGAAAAAAAAAGAAUUUUUUUUGGAUUUUGCGUAUGUGUUUUCUGAAAGGACUUGAACACAGUAAGAGCAGAUGUUCAAAGGGAGCCGUGGAAACGCAGGCCCAGUCCUGAGCUCACUGAAGCCCCAGUGAGGGCUGUGUUUGCCUUUCACUGAGCCGAGGACCGGAGGCUGUGCAUUGUUGCAAAUGAGUCAAAGACUUCAGAUGAACCUGGAACGGAGAAGUGGGCCGAGAAUCUGUACAAUCAGUGGAUGUGCUUUUUUGGGUAACUUUUCCUGACUUUUAAAGAUUCAAUCAAUGCAAUGUAUAGUAAAACGGCAAUAGAUUUUUUCAUUUUAACACUAUUAGAACAGAAUGGUAAACACUGUUUAAUUUGACUGUACAUAUCCACUUCAUAAACUACCAGUGUCACAUUUGGUCACAAUAAUUUAUAUAGUUUCAUUUGUCCAGUAUAUUCUGUGCUCUUUAUGUUUGUUUUUUUUGUUUUGGGUUCUUUUUUUUUAAAUUAAACAGUAUCAUUUUAUCUGCAACUUUUUUAAAUGCUGUGGCUGUCCUAAUUUUUUUUUAUAAUGUAUUUGUAAUUUUUCCAGUUUCUUUGUACUUUUGAGCAGCGUUUUUGUUUUGUUUUUGUCGUAACGUUUACUGUUUACAAACUGAAGCAACUGGUUCAGAUUAAUCUUAAUGGUUAUAAACUUACUGUAGGUGAUGUUAUGGUGCAAGGAUGCAAACAAGGUUCCUUUCCCCACGGCCCACCCUGUGAGGUGCUGAGCACCUCUCGCCCUCCUCCUGUUGUUUCAAUGGCUCCUACGCUGCUUCUCCCCUCCCUCCGAGCUUUGCUUUCCUGUAUCGUGGUCUGUGAAUUUGUCGAGCGUUGUACUUAAUCUUACCUAGGCUGUGAAACCCUCCUGCCUACCAGAGAAACGGUCUAGAAAACAAAAUCUCCCUGGCUCAAGCUGCUGAAUGACAAAGGAGUGCAGAAAACAGAUUUGUGAGAAUGUUGAGAAUUUCAGAAGCUGUGAGAGGAGCCAGUGUGGAUCUGAAUUAGAGGCCUACAGGUUGUUUCUGUGCCUCACAAUGGCUAAGGGGGUUCUGUGCAGUGGUUGGGAUGGUCCUUCCACGCUCCCACGGGGAUCUCGGCCUCUCCCUGCACAUCCUUUUGCAGGGGGAAAGCCCAGGCAUGGAGAGGCUGGAUUUUCCAGAUGAAAGAGCUUCCCUGUGGAUGUAUACUCACUUUGCAGGACAUCACCACUACGUAGCUGAGCACAGACAUUGAUAAAGCAAAGUGUCACUUGGAGGCUUUAUACAGUGUGAAAAUUGGUUGUGGUUCAAACCAUCUCAGUUACUGUUCAAAGACAGUGUACUUGAUAUGAAAAGAUAAAACAAACUACUAAGAAACACUUUGCAUGCUAGGCAUGUCGUUAAAUUUUCCCGUGAUAUGAAGCCAAAUACAAUAUAUAAUGUAUUAUACUUAAUAUCCAAAGGUGGAAACCAGAAUAAUAUACUCGUCUACUGUUACAAAUCCAGCUUCUUCAAUUAAAUACUUUAUAUUCCUGUGGUAAAACUAUAUUUAAUUGAUUGAUAAACAGACUAGUAGAACUUGGAACAUUGAUGUGCCAGUGCAGGGUAUCCUGCUGCUCCACAAGUCAUACAGGAAACAGAACCGCAGGCUCAUCCAGGCAGAGGUCGCAGUGUGGAGGACAUCUCUAGUAAAGUUGCACUAGAUCUGAAUCACGUAAGAGUCAGGGGUUUGGGGAUGGGGGCGAGGAGGGCAGGGGAAAGGGGGCAGAGAAUAUAAAAACCUACAGCAAACGCGAACAGAAGCUUGUUGUGUGUUUGGCAAAGCAAAUGCUUCUCCUUGUUUUGGUUAAGUUGUGUGUUCUGGAGUUGUGCAUUUGUUCACGCAGUGUCCAACGUCCCUUUUGGUUACGUCCUGUUGGAGUUUGCUGGUAGGCUUUUUGGAGCCAUGCUGAGGCAGCACAGGGCUGGGGGACAGGGAGUGGGGAAGAAGGCUCCUCGCUUGUCCCUUGAGGAGACUGGCCACUGCUGGCUGGGGAAGCUCAUACUGGGCAAAACGUCAGGGCCAAGGAAAAGAAAUGGUGGCAUAAACCCCCCAAAAGAAGCGAUGCAUUAUUUGUUUAAGAACUCUUAACAGAAAUCUUGGAAAUCUUUCAACAGACUAUUGAAUUCUUCAUUGGUUGAAAAGUCUUUUUUUUUUCCCUCAGUGUCUUAAAUGGGGCUUUGUUUGCAUUGUUUGAGUUCAAGAGGCCUUAUUAUUGAAUGAAAUUGCACAAGCCUUUCUUUGUGCAAUCAGACCAUUGUUAUUGGUAGGUUUGUAAAGGAAACUGCAGAAUCUAAUUGGCAAUAGAGUCAUAAAUCUAUUUACUAGGAGCCAGUUCCAAGAAAUGUUGCAAUUCAAAUGCUCUAUGUCCAGGAUGCAUUAGGGAUGCUAAAGGUUGUGAGAUCCAAAGGAAGAGGCCCAGCAGCAAACAGCUCGUGUGUAGCUUCUGGCCACGCUGAGCCAGGCGUCGUGAAGCACAUGGGAAGUAGGGCCUGAUUCCCAGUGUGACUGUGCUCCUGGCCAGGCAGGGUGGGAGCAGGGCAGCGGUUUGUGGUAGAUCCUUUGUGGCUGUGAGCUGGCCUGGUGUGAAGAGCUUGCCCAGUGGGUUCAAGCCUGGGAAGUAGUUUGUCCUAGCAGCAGAGAAGUUGGCUUGGCAGCAGCUGGAGCUCCAGCAGGGCACAAGUGCUGUGCUGCCUCUGCCAGCAGCUCUGCCCCGUUUGGGGAGACGGGGGGCUGCCGCCUCCAGAGAGCACCACGGGGGUCCCUCGCGCCCGCCGCCUGCUCGCUUCCUUUGUGGUGAUCAGUGAGGUCACAUCUGGGCCAGUUUGGCCGUCGUGCAGAUUUUGAUGAGCAGUGGGACUUCCUGCACUGGUGUGAGGCGGGUGGCAUUGGCAGUGCUGCCGUGAGUGCUGUUUGCUGUACAUGUGGUUGAUAUUUCGCUCGUUCUCUUCCUCUUCCUCCCCUCUCCCCCCAGCCCCGCAGUUUUAAAUAUGUUCUAAUAAUGGCAGCAUAAUCUACUAGCUGUUUAUACUUUUUUAACUUUCUUUUGUUGUAAAUAUUGUAUACUUUUUGUGAUUCAAGUUAUGUAGCCUAUAUGCUCUGUAAGGUGAUGAUUUGUAUAUAUAAAAAUGGCCCAGUAAUAUUAUAUAGUUUCCCAUUUAAAAGGUUAUUGAGUAACCUUUGCAUUAGUUUAAACACUACCAGAAAUAAAGCUGAGCCAACUAUAAACACUCAAUUUUUGUAUGUUUUCCAAAUUGUACUUAUUAAUGCUUUUGAUACUGUAUUAUGUGCCAAUAGUUUCCCAAUCACAUAGCAGGCAAAAGAUAUUUUGUACUUUUUGAUCCACUGUAAUAUUUAAUAAAAAAUGUUACUAUCUGUU